AUGCUCCCCAACCUCCUCCGCAUCACGCCCCGCCGCACCACCAAAUCAGACGAAGAACAAGACCAACAAGAAGACCCGGAAGACGUCUUCGCGUCGGCGCUCGGCGCCAUCUUCACCGACGACCUGCGCAACCAGCACGGCGACCCCGGCUGCCUCAUCACGUACCUGUCGCGGCGGCUGGACCGCGGCGUCGAGCUGGGCGUGGCGGACCCGCGCGGCGAGGCGGAGCGCACCAAGUUUGCGCACUACCUGUGGAACGCGGGGGUUUUGAUGGGGGAGCUGUGUGGGGGGAGGCCGGGGGCGGAGGGGGAAGAGGCGGUGGGGGAGGCGGAGGCGGCGGAGGCGGCGGUUGAUGGUGGGGGUGGACGACGGGGUGGAGAGGGGGGGAGGAGGGAGAAGGAGAAGGAAAAGGAGUUGGCGGGGGUGGAGUGGCGGUUGGAUGGCGGGGAGAAGGAGUGGUGGGUUGAUGAGGGUGAGGAGGGGUGUUGGCGGGUCGAGGGGGAGAGGGUCUUGGAGCUCGGGGCAGGUGUGGGGCUCGCGGGAAUCGUGAGCACGCUCGUCGGUGCGGAAGAAGUCGUCAUCUCGGAUUACCCAGCCCCGGAGAUCCUGGAGAACAUCGAGCAGAACGUGAAGAGAAACGUUCCGGAAAAGCUGAGGUCCAAGGUCUCGGUCCAAGGUCAUCUGUGGGGAGACGUGGACUCUGCGUUUGCAGUGGCCAAUGCUGGCGGCUUUAGCAGAAUCUUGGCAGCAGACUGCCUCUGGAUGCCUCAUGAGCACCGCAGCCUGGCAAAGUCGAUGGUGCACUUUUUGUCGCCAGAUCCGCGGGCACGGGUGUUCGUGAUAGCAGGCUUCCAUACCGGGCGGGCCAUGAUGGCGCCGUUCUUUGUGACAGUCGUGGAAGAAGGCCUGGAGAUUGACGAUAUCUAUGAAAUGGAUGCCGAGGCGAGGCGGAGGGAGUGGGCGUCUGAGCGAGACGGAGGGAGGGAGGACCACGGGGAGAGGAACAAGUGGCUUGUUGUUGCUCGGCUAAAGCGCAAGCAGUAG